AUGAAAAUCACUUCUAAAUCCGUGAAUAUUGUCGGAAGAACGGACCUUGUACCGCAAAAUGCCGAAGAUUUACCGCCACUAAUAAUGAGCAACCCGCUAAGUGUCAGUGGCGCAGAUUGAUGUUCCGUCUUUCCGCGGUGGGCUGUUUUAGCUUUUUGUGUAGGCACAACACUAUUACAGGCGAUUCAUGCUACUUCUACACAUGAAAGUUAUAUAAAAAUCACUUCCAAAUCCGUGAAUAUUCACGGCGCAAAACACAAAGAAGAACACGAUGGCCAGCCAGCAGAAAAAUGAAGCUAUGAUAGCUAUUGCAAAACAAAUGCACAAUGUGCCAUGGUGCGAAGACUACGAAAGAAUGAUUUCUGGGAUGCUUUACAACUGCAUUGCCCCGGAGCUAAUGGAUGCUCGAUUCCGUGCAAGACGACUGACUACAAAAUACAACACUCAUUUCCCAGAUGAUGCAACGAUGGAUUCGCUUCAGGCAGAUCGUAACCGCGUGCUGGAGGAAUUAAUAGGCAGGAUUGGGCCUGACUCAUACAUUGAGCCUCCUUUCUAUGUUGACUACGGUUGUAAUAUUCGUCUAGGUGACCGCUUUUACGCAAAUUUCAACAUGGUAAUCCUCGACUGUGGGAUGGUCACAAUCGGAAAGCGAGUCAUGUUUGGACCUUUCGUCAGCAUUUUCGCAGCAACCCACGAAACGGAAGUCGAAUCUCGUAGAGACAACGUUGAAUAUGCGCGAGAAGUCUCAAUUGGGGACGAUUGCUGGAUUGGCGGUCAUGUUACUAUUUUGCCAGGAGUUACUAUUGGCGAGGGCUGUACGAUUGGUGCCGGAUCAAUCGUGACAAAGGAUAUUCCGCCGUUUUGUGUUGCGAUUGGUAGCCCAGCACGGGUUGUGAAGAGCGUCAAACCUGUGGCACAACUUAAUUAAGGACAAAUUUUAACGUUCCGGGCAUCUCUCUUCCGUAUAUUCAAUUCCUGAGAACUCCAUCAGCACCCUUCUGCAUCGACCUCUCGCACAAAAUCUUCGAUAGCGUGGUGUAGCUGAGUUAUGAGCUCGCUCCAACGCUCGGAACCAUGGUCGAGAUAAUGUGUACAGUGCUGUUGGGAGUUGAAAGGUCCCAAAAUAAAUAAAAAUGACUUCAAUACUAAUUUAAACGAUAUUGAGGCACCAUUUCUGUGUAUUUAUCCUCCUAGUUGUCGUCCGAUCAUCGACUCUCGGCGGGCAGCAUAACCCUCAUCAACUGCAAACAGCACUGCCCCUCUCUGGCAGCUGCGCGGGUCACAGUAUUCACUAUCGACGAACUCGGUAAGAGAUAGGCCCUUGGAUAGCGAACCUCUGAAGCCCUCCAAAUCAUCAUAUUCAAUCUUGUUGUCCUAAACACAAUUGCCAUGUACGUCCAGCCGCAUCACUUUGAUCAGCUUCUCCUGUCGACCCAGCUGUCUGUAGAUCGCCAUCACAAGAAUCAGCAGCCAUAUUUAAUUAUGGAUGGAGCUGGCUCCAGAGGCUCGUGCGGGG